AUGGUUGUGUUGAGUCGCGUGGGGUCGCCGACGAUGUCAGCGACUGUCGCGGGCGCGCAACAGCAGCAACAUCCCCAUCAAGAGUGGGACAUCAACGACUCGAAUGUCCCCAGGGUCGUCGAGUAUGAUCCUUGGUGCGAAUGGGCGGACGGCCACGUGAGGAGAGUCUACGGUCCCGAUUGCGAGGAGGCGAGGAGACACGCGUCCGGGUGGGCCAUGAGGAACACCAACAACCAUAACGUCAGCAUCCUGAAGAAAUCAUGCCUGGGGGUGUUGGUAUGCUCGAUGAGCUGCGUCCUCCCCGGGGGAGGCAGGGUUCACCUUCGACCUGCUAUCUGCGACAAAGCGAGAAAGAAGCAGCAAGGAAAGCCAUGUCCGAAUCGCCAGUGCACCGGGAGGCUGGAGAUCCUGUCUUGUCGAGGCCACUGCGGAUACCCCGUCACCCACUUUUGGCGACACACGGAACACGCGAUAUUUUUCCAAGCAAAGGGCCAACACGACCAUCCACGACCCGAAGCAAAGUCCACCUCGGAGGCGAGAAGAAGCGUCGGAGCGGGGCGAAGGGUCCGAGGCCUGGCUGUCAUCCUGAGGAGAGAUGCCGCACUUAGCGAUAAGAUACUGUCCUUGAGAGGCACGAAGAGGCCGAGCGUGGAAGUCCUGGAGCAGCCGCAAAGGACGACGCAGCAGCCCAUCCUCUCCGAGAAGGAGUACUCCUGCUCGUGUUCACCAUUCGGCUGCGUCUGCGGACUCCAGACGAACGUCUCGUCCUACCAGCCGACACACCAUCAUCAGUCCACGUUCUACCAGCAGCCGGUGUCGAACGAUUCAUACUGGAUCCAGGAGAACGUGUGCCACCAGGAGAACCCCUCAGGGUACAACAUGACGGGCCAAGUCCCGCAGGAAGGGUCGUACCCUGAGUUUCAGUCCUUCUCGACCGGGGACCUCUUCCAACCUGAAGAGAUCUUCCAGAUGGAGCAACCCCUGCGCCCUGAAUUCCCGUUGAAGGAGGAAGUAGCGCGUUCUCCGCCGACCCUGCUGGACCUGGGUAGCGGGACGAUAAAGUACGAAGUGAAGCCUUGCUCCGACCAGGGGUACUGGAAUCAGUUCCUCAGCGAGGACUCCAGCAGCAGCCAUCCCAGUCUGCAACAGGACGAGCGACUUCAGUUUCCCGGAUUCGAGUCCUCCGACAAGGACCUCAACAAUUACCAGGCGAGGAGGGGAUUGAACUCCUACCACGGGGAGAAGGAUCCUAACCAGAACCACCAUAUGAAUGACCAUGUGAACUAUGCCACAUAUCCUAGGUCGCAGGACCACAAGGACUACCAGCACCAGCCUCGGUACCAUGUCAAGGAGGAGCAGGAACAACUCUACCCCGUGAAACACGAAGAAUACUGGGUCCCGGACCAGGACGACCGGCUGCGUUUCCCGAAUUUCGAGGCCAUUACUAAGGACCCUGAAGACCCGCUGCAGGUGCAGCGUGCGGUGGAGUGUUUCCCCAGGUACGCCGAGCAGACGUUGCCGAACGAGAGAGCCUAUCAGAUGUACCACAAGCCCCAAAGGAACAUCCUGACCGCAGAUAGCCAGAACCUUGAAGAGGCUCUUCCUAGUCAGAGUCCCGCCGACGAGGUCGCUCCAGGAUACGGCGGGUUCGAGGAGUAUCGACAAAUGGUGGAACCACCCGUGAUCAAGCGAUCCUCGAGCCCGUCCUCGCUGAUGGCCCAUCGGGUCCUGGACGAGCGAUUGACGUACAUUGGAGACGAGCGACGUGGACGACCUCUUCAGGACCGAGGGGAACCAACCUCGACCAACGGCGCGCCUACCCAGGGCAGUCCCGAGCCGUUUUUUUACGCUAAUAACGAGAGGUGUCAGUACACUUGCGAGGCCCUGGAUACGAGGGUGCCCCAGAUGGGGCCGGCCCCAGGAAGUCAGGUCAAUUACGAGGUCGGCGACCUGGAGGGGCCCUCCUUCAUCGACUAUACCCUGGUCGGCAUGCUGUACAGCUCUGGCGAGGACGACCCGGCCUCGGCGCAAUUACUCGCCAAUUGCUCCCAGACCUACGUACCUCAUCACUAG